ACCUCCCCUUUUCAUACCAUUAUUUUUACAUUAAUACCGUCUCUCUCAUAUCGCGCGCAGUCGUCCAACUCUUUCAUCGUUUAUUUAACUGGUCAUGGGGUUUCAACAGAUGCCGAGGGGUGCUCCGGAUGGGAUUCGAGAUUGUUUGUAGUGCCGGUUAGGACAGGAACGGCACUAGGGGAAUCUUGACCCCAUGGCUCCCCUCCCUACUAGUUUUCCAGGUUUUCCGGCAACCUGGUGUCGGGGACUUUUCCGGGAAAAUGGGGCUGACGUUUGGCGUCGGGGUACUCUCUUUGGAUUUGUCUACGUUUUAUCGAGGUGUAUUAUCACAACAGGCGGGUGAUAGGGGAAUUCUAUUUUUGCACUAUCAAAUGAGUAAACUGCUAUUUAGUUGCUCUCGAGACAAUCAGUCCACCAGUCAAUUAUCUCCCCCUCGUAUGAGGCGGUGUAAGUGGAAAUUUAUUUCUCAAUAAAAAAACGUAACGUUUUUGUUGCUUGUGGAAAGUCAAUUACCUCGUGACUGCAAUUACUGUAAUCAGAGGAUUUUUUCCACGGAGAAUUGAUUCGAUCGGCAGUAAUUGUGCAAUCGCUGGACAUAAAAAUAUUGCAAUGGAUAAUGUUAAUGUUGAAAAACGGAAGCGGCCAGAGGUGUCAAUGAAAGUUGCAAUUGAAAUUGUGCGCAAAUUGUACGGAUUCAAAGUGAAGAGUUUGAAGGAAUUAAACGGAUAUGACGAUAAAAAUUUGCGGAUCACCUGCUGUCAGGGAUUUGAAAAUCCUCACGUAAAAUCGAUCGAGAGUGAUGGAUAUGUAUUGAAGAUAAUGAACUCGAUGGAUUCACGGAAUGUCUCUCUAGUGGAAGGCCAGAACGAAAUGAUGUUAUAUCUCCAUCAGAAUUCAAUUUCAUGUCCCAUUCCGGUGAUGAAUUUGGAAGGAAGUUAUUACUCUCUAGAGGAUUUUGGAGAGGGCACCCAGAAUAAAAAUCUCGUUCGCCUCUUAGUCUAUUGUCCAGGGGAAAUUUUGUACAACGUAAAACCCUCGAGCAAUCUUCUUCGAGACGUCGGCCGUAUCUCCGCGGAUUUAGAUGAAAAAUUGAGGGGAUUCUCUCAUCCCUCGUUCCAAACCCGAGAGUUCAUAUGGAUGCUCGUUGCAACCCCAAAAUUACGUGACUACACAUACGCCGUUAAAAAUGAAGAGGACAGACUUCUAGUGGAAAAAGUCAUUGCACGUUUUGAGCGAGACAUACUCGGAGACCUCGAGUACUUCGAAAUGGGGCUGAUCCAUGGGGAUUUGAACGAGCAGAAUUUGAUUGUCAAUUCCACUCACGAUAAAAUUGCCACUGUCAUCGAUUUCGGGGAUAGCCACCACUCGUGUCUUAUUUUCGAGUUGAUUAUCACUCUGUGUUACAUGAUUAUACAGGUGAGGGAUAUUGAAAGUGGAAGGCACGUUGUCGAGGGAUACGUGAGUGUGAGAAAAAUAUCAGAGUUGGAGAGAAAGAUUUUGAAGACUGGGGUUUGUGCUAGGCUCUGUCAGAGUCUUGUCCUGGGGGCGUACUCGCACUUGGAAAAUCCAAACAAUGAUUACGUCAUGAUCACCGCCCAGAAUGGGUGGGCCAUAUUGAGAGAAUUAUGGCCUAUGGAAGAGGAAAAAGUUUUGAAAUUGUGGGGACUUUAAUCCCCAGAGCUGAGGAUUAAUCAUUUCCGAUCAAUUAUAUUUUCUUUUUUUUGUUAGAACAGAAAAAAUCAAAUCUGUUAACAAAAUUUUUUUGAGACACGGAAAUUGAAAUUUUCAAAUUUUCGAAGAAUAAUUGUUACAAUUAUUCUUAAAAAUUGUUAACAAUUUCUCUGUAGAUCAGUCAAUUAUUAGGAGAAAAUAAUGUUACAUUGUUUAUGCAGUGAUAUACCUUCUCCCAUUUUAUUUUUCAUAUCGUUAUAUAUAGGCAGUUACAAUAUUUACAUACAGAUGUAAUGAACAAUAAUAAUACUCUUCAUUUGAUAAUAUUGCAGUAACCAUUUUACAUUGUGUUGUGUUAGUUAUAUACAAAAAUCGUUGAUCUAAUUUAUAAUUAGGUAAUUAGGUUUUACUUUCGGCGUUGACGUACGAAAAUUCAGAAAUCACAUAAAAUGAAAUUUCAAUGAAAAUUCAAUCAACACUCCUUUGAGAUUCUCUCAAUUAGAAAAUAAAUUGAAUAAACGUGAGAAUAUCCAACAGUGGGGCUUUCAUUCUUUCUUCGGUUUAUUUAUAUUUUUUAAUUGCUAUAUAAUUUUGGCGCUUAUUUGUUACGUGAGAAUGGCGAAUUCGUCGAGAGCUUUCGAUUAUAUCUAAUGCAUCGGUGCUGGAGAUAGCAGUUACAUGAUUUGUUUUUAUUUUAUUUUAUUUUUUGUAAAAUGCCAACUGUGUUAAUUGUUUAAAUGAUAGAAGGAGCUCUGAUUGAUGUUUUUAUGAAAGAGAGGCACGUACUCCUCGAGCCACGUCGAUGAAUGAUAAAAUAUUCAACGAAUAAUUUAUUAUUCCUCUUUAUUCACUGGUUAUCUUAGUAAAAUAUUAUAUUACAUUACUUAUUUAUCGCUUACAUUCAAUAGGGUUACGUACGAUCCUUGAGGGUUGGUGUGUAGGCUUUUAAUAAUUUACUCAGUGUUUUUCUUUUUAUUUUAUCUAUAAAUAUUCUUUAAUUUCUAGUAAAUUAUUCACCGUGAAAUUCAACGAUAACAGGAUAAUAAGUUAAAUCAACUCUAAAAGUUUUCCAUUUUUUAAAUAUUCAUUUCCAUUCAUGGAAUGUGAAUUAGGGGUUUUCUCUUCUCAUGCAGAAAGGAAUACUUACAAAGUCUCUUUCAGUCUUCAAAAAUAUCUACUUCGGAAUUAAAAAAAUUCAUCCAAGAGUGGUAAAUUAUUCAAUAAAUGUGUAAAAAAUGGAUAUUGGAUUUUGUUAAAAAAUUAACCUAGCGAGGAUGAUUACAAUUAAUUAAAUUCACCAGUUACGUUCAUAUCCGCCAGUACGAUUCGUCGAUAAAUGAAUUUCAGCAACCGAAAAAAUCAUUCAAGUAUUAAAAUUUCACAUGGAUAAUCCUUCGUGGAUAGAUUAAACCCUUUAGCAAUUUAUCAUUGAACUUUAACAACAUCUCAAUCGUUUCUCAGGUAAUCAUCGUCAUUCUUCGCAUUGAAUUCAGGGAAGAAGGGUUUGGUGGCUCUGUAAAAUUCGAGGUACAGUCACCCACUCUUUGCUUAUAGGGUAAAAGAUUCGAAGUGUGCGCAAAAUAAAUAACUUUAUCUGUCUAUGAA